AGUGUUCCAGAUAUUCGUGCUUGAGCUCUCACCCAUCUCUAUCUUUCUCGCUAGCUGACCACCAACGUCCGAGUCCCUUAUACCCACUCUAUCACUGUACUCUGUUUUUUCAUGUUCAGUACACCAAAAUCCUCCCUCACCGCCAUAAUAGAUCUCAGUAGCCAAAUUCUCGAUAGUGUCUAAGCAUGAGCGACUGGCGCCCUGCAGAUCUACCGAAAUCCACGCCCACCGGCUGGGACUCCAGCGACGAGGACGAGUUCUCGACCUCUCGUCAGCAGCAUCGCGCUCAAGUGGCGUCCGUGUUGACGCAGCUGCCGCGUGCCGCCCAGGACGAAGAUGAUGACGGUCCUACAGCCAGCAGCCCAAGUGUACAGUCCACAGCGCUAACUACGUACAGUUCAUCUGGCCUCGAGGGUCUCUACGACUCUCCAGGAUACACAAGCAACGGAGGCAGCAGCUACAGCAGUUCGGGGGGCUAUAAUCGACCCAGAAAGGUCUUCACAGGCCUGUCUAACCAAGGAGCUACUUGCUACAUGAACAGCCUGCUACAGAGCAUGUUCAUGACACCUGAAUUCCGCCAGGGCUUGUACAAUUGGACGAGCCAUCGAUCAGCCAAGAGGUUGGAGAGUCAAGAACAAGAAGAUAAAGAAGAAGACGACGAAGAAGAAGCAGACGAGGAUAACAUCCCGUUGCAGCUGCAAAACCUAUUUGCCAAGCUGCAGCUGACCACACAAGACUCUAUUUCCACUAAGGCUUUGACCAAGAGCUUCGGAUGGACAGGAGCAGACGUAUUCCAGCAACACGACGUCCAGGAACUGUGUAGAGUGCUGUUGGACGCACUGGAAAAGACUUUUAAAGGCACCGUGAACGAGAAUCUGGUGAACGAUUUAUACCAGGGAUCACUGAAGGAUUACGUGCAGUGUUGUGAGUGCGGCUACGAGAGCUCUAGGAUUGAUAAUUUUCUGGAUUUGUCGCUAGUUAUUCGACCGUUUGGCUCGACGGAGAUGAUGAAGACAGUGGAGGAAGCGAUCGAGCUGUUUCUAAAGCCAGAAAUGCUGAAUAAAGAGAACCAGUGGAUGUGUGACCGGUGCAAGGUGAAGCGAGACGCUAUUAAGGGACUCAAGUUCUCGAAAUUGCCGUAUAUUUUGAUGCUGCAGCUUAAGCGCUUUGACUUUGACUAUGCUACGAUGAAUCGCAUCAAGUUGCACAACAAGGUGACAUUCCCCAAAUAUCUGGACAUGAACUCGUACGUGAGUGACGAGAAUGGAGGCGUUCGUGGAAAAAUCGCCAGGAAAAUGUCGAUGGAACGUCACGAAUUGGAAGGUAAGAACCACAAAUCGUUAGAAGAUACAGUGCCUGCAAUGUCUUCUUCACCACCGCCACCACCAGCACUUGCAGCGAUGGGUGGACGCAUGCAUCGACUGUCGUCAAUGGAUGAAUCACAGCCGGUGACGUUCGAUGAGAAGGAGGAUGAUAUCAACGAAGAAGAUGCGGACGGUGCAAGCUCGUUUGAUACGUGGAGCCCGACGUUUGACCCAGAAGUCAUGAUCAAACGGUCAGGACCUCAUGUGUACGAAUUGUACUCGGUUCUCAUCCACUCUGGCAGCGCACUGGGUGGCCAUUACUACGCGUACAUUAAAUCUCUAGACACUGGUAAAUGGUACAAUUUCAACGACUCCAACGUGAGCGAGAUCUCCGACACGGAGCUACAGAACGCAUUUGGAGGAGCUAGUGGUUCUGGUUACAGUAUGCGUUACAGUACGUGCGCGUACAUGCUGCUGUAUCGGCUGGUUGAUGCCCAGAAGAAUGUUAAUGCGAUCUUGCCGGAGAGCAUCCCGCAGUACUUGAAAGACAGGAUCCGCGCGGACGAGGAGAAAAUCCACAGGCUUGAGCAGGAACGGAUUGAAAUGGCCAAGAAAGUGCAGGUCAAGUUCUUUAUGAAAGGCGCCAAGCCCAAGAAUUUAGAGAAAGCCAUUCAUGUGUACAAGACCGCAACGAUCCGCGAAGUGCUGGAGAUAGCGUGCAAGGAGUUUGCCAAGGAGAAAGACGUAGUAGUCCCAUCCAUAGAAAAUGUACGGCUGCGCGGGUAUAACGACUAUAACUGUUUGUUAUCGGACACGUACAACGACAAAGAGGACAUGACUCUGUCGGCGUUAGGAAUCUACGCUGGCCAGCAGAUGUUCCUUGAGGUGAAGAGCGACGAUGAAAAAUGGGAGGAUCAUGACCCGACCAAGCUCCAGCUCUUCGUCCGACGCUUUGUUGAUGAUGCAAACAAGAGCAGCAAGACACCCGGUGCAUUCAUGGCAAGGUGUGUUCAGGUGGACGAGGACGCGAACGUGGGAUCGCUCUGCGCUCUUGUCGCCAAGAAGUUUUCAGUCCCUGCUGACCAGAAGAUCCGCCUCAUCAAGAAGAGUGCGACCACAUACAGCAUCUCUGCAGCUAAAAUUCUAAACGCCAACGAGGAAGAGCGCACUCUGAAGUUACGACUAAAGAUGGAUUUGCACCUGAUGAAUGGAACUGAGUUGUACUUCGAGGAGACCCCCGAUCUUGGCCUCCCGUCACCAGCUGAGGCUUUCUUUGAGCGUGAAGCCAACAUGAUUACAGUCAACUUCAAAUACUUGACUAGUCCGGCCGAGCCUAUUCGCAUCGACCGACGAGAGACGAUUCGUACACUAAAGGAGCGGAUUAGUGCCAAGAUCGGCCUCCCUUUGGACAAAUUCAAGCUGCUUCGAGGCAUCAACAGCGCUGGCGUAGAGAUCAAGGCGAUUGACAGCACGCUAUCCAAGCUGUCGAUCGGCUCCAACCACACAGUCUUUGCGUUGGAGGGUACUCCGUUGAAUACGGGCGAGUACAACUUCAGACUGAUGUUCUACAACCCGACAAACACUGGUUCAGCAUCUCCAGAGAGCGGUGACAGCAGCCACGACCAGCCUACCGUCACGAACGCUGACGGACAGGAUACGUUUGACAUUGAUGAGGUGCUGGUGUCAACGGGUAAAGAUGACUCGUUGCUGACUUUCGUGAGCCAAGUGGUGAUCAGCGAGGAGAUGCUGGUGGAAGAUAUCCGUAAGAAGGUGUGGGACGAGUUAGUGGAGAAAAAAUUGGUAGAUGACAGCAAGUUGACUCCGUCUCACGUUCGUCUACGCGAUCUGCGUCAAAGCACUAUGACUAGCGUGUUGGUGGACAGUCAGAAGCUCGUGGAAGCAUCUAAACUGGCAGUGUACGAAGGCAGAAGCAUCGUGGCGGAGCUUUUGACGGAGCCGGAGACCUCGGAAAUCAACCACCGGAUCGUUGAAUUUGCCUAUGUGAACCGCGCGACGUGGAGGUUUGUUAAGAACAUGAGACACGAGGUGAUCAUUUCCAGUUCGGAGGAAGAGAAGCAUCCCGAUACGUACUUGGCAAAUGCUGCUAGCGCUGCUUUGUCGAUCCCUACAGAGCGCUUGGCGUUCGCUCGUAUCCCGUAUCAUCGCGAUUCGAUUGAUAUCCUUGAAGUGGUUUCUUACGAGUUCUCGCCUGCUGCGGCCUUCGCAAACCAGGAGUCUGAAUACCAGGAGCUCUUUUUGGUCAUCGAUACGAACGUACAAAUGACAUUUAUGAACAACCACGAGCGCCAGCUUAUCCAGAACUUCUUGGCCAAGAAGAGCGAAGAGAAGACGCGGGCGUUGCGUGCCAAGUAUUCGUCCAGUAACAAUAACACGUACCAGUAUCAGAAGCCCAAGGAAGCUGCGCUGGUCAUCCGGACGCGUUCCAAAACGAGCGAGCACAAAGGAACCGGCAGCGUAGGCAGCAGCAAUGGCAAAAACUCGAACGGUGUCAGCAUCCGUACGCCCACUCGUCGUGCUGAAAAGGCCGCGGCGCGUCAUCAUGCCUCGUCCGACACGGACGACGAGGAUGACACCGACUUUAUGACGGAGAAGACGGAACCUAUAGACAUGGAUCUCUUCGGAGACUUGUCAUGAGGUAAAAAGGUUUGCACUGUAGACGUUUUGUCGCUUCAUGAACGCAGCAAGUGAGCAAUAUAGCGGUCAACUAAUGCAUGAAUUAACCUGAGUCUUUAUCACAGGGGUUACGGUGACAUCAAGUCGAUCACAGGUGUUGUCGUGACAACAGUUUGAAGUGCGUCCUGCCUCGUUGGAGUUGAUGGAGCCGCAAAUUCAGCUCCUUCGUGAUGAUCGACACGCGGAGUGUCACCUUGUGUGUCUUCAUGCUGACGAUUCCUGCAUUUCUCUGAAUGGCACGAACAUUCAGUGCUACAAACACGACUCUGCGACUUGCAAGCGCAUGCCUUCGUUGCACAUUUGCCUUGACAAGCGCAACAGGAAGCUGCACUGGUCUCCAGCAUCUCGUCGAUUUCGUCCAUUACGUCAUCAGUGACUGAGGAAUUGUUAACUUUACUUCUCUUGCUGCUUCGAUGUUCGUCAUUCACGUAGUCCGGAUCGUUUUCAAUGUUGUCUUCUUCUUCGUCGCUACUGCU